AUGCUCUUGAAGUCUCUUACCGCGUUGGCGUUCGUUGCCCCGACCCAUGCUCUCAUCCGGUUCGGGUGCUCGCAGCUCGUGGUAGACCGUCUCGAUCCCUUGGUUGAGCCUGGAAACGCUCCGUCAGCUCAUCUCCACCAGAUCAUUGGAGGAAACUCUUUCGUCCCUGAUAUGAGCCCGGAUGUUCAUGAUCCACCAGCAAUGUCCACCUGCACCACUUGCCAGCCUGCAGACGAUUUUUCUAACUACUGGACCGCUUCUCUCUAUUUUCGCGCAAGGAACGGAACCUAUAAGCGCGUCAGUCAGAAAGGCAAUGCAGGGUUCGAAGGCCAGAAUGGUGGCAUGGCCUAUCCAGUAUCUGGUACUUUUGAAAGCCAAGGCCCUUGUCCAACUUCUCAUCCCGUGCGUAUGCCUCAACUCAUGUACGAAGUCAUCUACGAAACCGCACCGUUCAACGACCCUUCGCUCUGGCCAGAAGACGGUAGCCAGCCCUUUGUCUACUCUUUCAGUGACCAUACCGGGUACGGCAAUCACGGCGACUAUAUCUUCGGAUGGAAGGACGACUCAUUGCAGAAGAUCAUGGACGAAGAAUGUUACGUUGGAUGCUCGUCUAUGAAAACACAAAGCAUGGAGAUGAUGAACAGCUGUAGCGUGCCGCGUAAGGUCAUCGAAGACAUCGGCGAUGAGGACUGGAUCCCCGCGCUUCCAGGGCACUUGAAUGCGACACGGGCUGUUACUUCGACUUUCAAGGCAUUUCGCGCGUAG